CCGAGCAGUCGCCGUUACGGCUGAAGGGUCGAUACCCUGCUCGCGUUCACGCGUGAUCACCUGAACGCGCACCGAAGGCGAUGAACGCGUGACUUCGUCAUCCUAGCGUCUUUCGUGGAGGUUCGGCGAUUCGAUAGACCAAAUGGCCGUGUUGGAUCGGCCCUCGCACGGCGCUGCUACUCAGAAGAGAGACACGAAGUUAGGCGGGCUCUUGGGGCGUGUCAGGAAUAUCAAGACGUUUGAUAAUACCCUCACGCGCACAUCCGAUGCGUUACUGCGCGCGCAACAGAAGAAGGAAAGGGACAGGUCGCACGCGGAGUUCGUCGCGGAAUGCACGCUCUCGCCGAUGCGAGAGGGUGUGAAAACAGUCACGAACGUGUGGGGUAAUCCCGACGUCGAGGGCGCGAUGCCUCGCAUCAUCGUGCGAGGUAAGCCAUUUCAGGUCGCCCUCGACGCGGGGAUGGACUUCGAGGCCAUGUACAGCGAAGUCGCGGAAGCGAUGUACGGUCCCACGAUCGCGGGCCAAGAAGAAGAGCGUUGGCGCUUCGUGAGGGAAAUCACCGACCAGGAUUCGGAAGGCGAUGUUGGCGAGUUCACGAGAAAGUCCGAGUACGUCGGGAUGAGGUUCAAACUGCUGCUCGAGAUUCAAAAUUACGACCCUCGCUUGAACGAGGGGGGCAGUUCAACAAUCACGAUGACCGAGGAGACGUGGGGUAACUUGAAGAGGGGACAACCUAUCUCAGCGGAAACGAACCGACUACAGAUGUUCGAACACCUCGAGUUGAAGUGGACGACUGGCGUGGAGAAGGACGACAACGUGCUGAAGGAGGAGGCGAUCCUCGGAAUCUGGGAGAUGUCCAUACAAAAGGACUACCGCAUCGAGAUGCCUGACUCGUUGUUCGACAAAAUCGUCGACGCGCUUUCGAACAAGUACACGGACAAGAUUCGGUCCGUAGCCGCGGCUGUCACGUGGUGUUUAUCAGUGAGCAGCCAGAGUCGCACGGAUCUCAUGAACGUCGGAAAGUCGGAGGAGGAGGAUGAGGAGGAAGUCGAAGAAGGCACGCCAGGUGCGCAUCCGUUCAUGCGAUAUCUCAUCGAGAUGCUGAAAACCUCGAUCACAAGAGAACCUGCAGAAUUCGGCGGCGAGGACGAGGCGUACACGUGCGAGGUGCGCGACGAAUUUUACGACCGCUCCCUCGGUACCCUCGGCAUCAUGUUCGUGGAUAAACGCGCCCGCGCGCAGUACAUCGAACUCGAUCCAGGGCUGGAAAUGCUCUUAGGCGCGUGCGCGGCGCCGAUGGAAGAUCCUCCGUUCCCAGUAGACCCUCCAAGCGAAGCUGAGCUGGCCGCAAUGAAGUCGGACAAGCAGCGGGCGAAAGCCAUAAAUAAAUACAAGCACGCUGUGCACGCGUACCGAUGCGAACGAAGCCAUCGCCGAUUGAGUGCUGGGGAGACGCUCGCGAGUAUCAUGCUGCGCGACUACGACGCGCGGGGUUCACUCGUUAAAUCAGGCGGAUACGGUUCCCUCAGCUCGCUGCUGGAAAGCGAUAACGCCGCGAUCAGGCUCGCGGCCUCGGCGGCGAUGGGAAUUUUCGCGAAAGAUCCGGCGAGCCAAGAGCAGGUCGCGCAGGAGAAGAACUUGAGUGAGACGAUUGAUUCCCUCACCCGCACGCUGAAAACGUCUCUGACUGAGCUCGUCGGCCCUGCUCCGCCGACCGUGACUGAGCUUUACGAGGCAGAAAAGGCGGCAAAGGCGGCGGCUUUAAAGGCUGAGGAAGAGGCGGAGGCGAAAGCGGCCGCGAUCGCCGCGGCUAAAGCCCGCGCCGAGGCGUUGGGCGAAGAAUGGGUUGAACCAGAAUCGGAAGAGGAAACGCCCGACGCGGGGGGUACCGUGAAACGCGUCAUGUCCACCGUCUCAGUUGCGGAGCUCGAGCAAAUUCAAGAAGAAAGUGCAGCAUUGAAAGCGAGUACGAUCCCUCUCAUGGCGGCGACAAUCGAGAACUGCAUCACGGCGUUGUGGGGGUUGGUUCGCGCGACCCUGGCGAACACGGAAUCCCUCUCGGAUGAAGCGAUGCUGCGUUUGAUCAGUUUCUGUCGCCGUGCGCACGACGGCGUACAAAAUGACGCCAUCACGGAAAACGCGGUUUUUACGGCGAUCGGUAUCAUAGCCACAUUGUGCGAGGAUAGAUCGCACUGCGAACGACUCAUGUUGCUCGGUGCGAGGCCGGAAACUCCACCGCCCUUCACCGCGGAGGAAAUCGCAGAAUUCGAGCUCGCGGAAUUCAAGGCGCGACGAGAAGGGAAAAAGUUUGUACGUCCGGUGAGAGAAAAGCUUCCUUGGGACUACACGCAUUCCGUGAUCGAGUGCAUUAAGCACUGGCUCACGGUCGCGCCGUACGAUGAGGGCCGUACCCGUACCAUGGCCGCCGUGUGUGCUGGUCUCAUUCUCGAGUAUAUGUUCGCAGACGCUCCUAAAGAAGGAGAUGCAACUUUGGAUGGCCCAUAUCGUGGUAUGCUAAUGAGAGACACCGAACUGGUCGACAAACUGAUCGAAUCAGCUAAGGCUGGGGCUAAUCACAAGUGGUUUCAUAAGCCAUUGUGGGAAGCCACCGCAGCUGCUCUGAUGUAUUUGGCGACUCCGUACGAAGCGGCUUUCACGCCGAAGCAGCUCGAGAAUAUCGUGAGCUUGAUAAACAUGGUGACUGAGAGGUACCCGAGCGAGACAUACGCGACGAUGAAAUAUCUCGCUUGUACGAUUUGGUGCGUCGCCCGUUCACCCUCGGGACGGGGUAAUCUCAUAAAAUACGCGCCAAAUUGUAUACCCUAUCUCAUAGAAAUGGGAAACGUGUGCGUCAAGGCUGUGAGUAUAUCAGGCAAGGUGGAGCUCGGGAUCGAAUCCGAGGAGGAACGUCUAAUCGAGGCUUCCGAUGCGGGGGAAGACUCGUUUUUGAAGCCGAAUCAUCCGCGCAUCCGCGCGAAGGCUCUUCAGUUCACCAUAGCAUCUCUUUGGCUCAUGCUCUACAGCGAGAACGAUCCUCCGGUACACCACGGUGAGGUUUACCUUGAAAAAGACGGAGCACUGUUGACGAUACCCCGCGUGGAAACUCCGUCGCUCGAGGACAUGGACGUCGUCGACGAGUUCGGCGGCAUCAAGCCAGGGAUGCCCGAGCUGGAGGAGGAUAGACUCGCCGCGGCUGCCAAAGUGAAAGCUGCAGAGGCGGAAGUCUACGUGACUAAAAUGCAGCUCGUUAUGGAUGCUGGAGACGAGCCUGAAACCCCUGUCGAGCAGGCCACCACUGCGUUCUAUGAGGCGACCAAAGCCGCGGAAGAGGCAGCUGCUGCUGCGCUUGCUGCUCACGCUGCACGCGCAGAGAACAUCGCCGCCUCGCGAAAGAACAUCAUGAAUUUCUUGCUCACCGCGAUUCGAUUACCCGCGAUCCGGUUGACGGAGAAAUCCCGCAAAAUUGCAGUCGCGGCCUCGUGGAGUAUCUGCUAUCGUUCGGCGGCGGCUCGCCGGGAGUACAUAUCUGCUGGUCUCUUCGACGCGCUCGAGAGUUGUGCGUGCGACGGUGGUGAAAAUACCACCGUCCGAUGCACCACAUUCGCCGCGGCUGCAAUGGAAUCGUUGUUGGCGUUCCACGACGUCUCAACGGCGGUCGGUGGCCCUGCGCGAAUGGAGAAAAUCGGGAUUCACAUGGUAACGUCACCCUUGUUGGGCGAGCAGGAACGCGGCGCUCGCAUCUUGGCGUUCAUGACUUCAGAUUCGGAUUCGAACUCCAUCAAGGCAUCUUUGGUGCGCAAGUCCGUUCUGCCGAACUUGCUCAAGCUAUUAUGUCCGAUUGAAGUCAAGGAAGAGGUGGAACUCGAGGAAGAAGCGGCGGCGGCUGCUGCUGCUGAGGCUGUGAGGGAAGCUGAGGAGAUGCUCAGUAAGACGCAAGCUGCGUUGGACGCGGGAGAAGAGCCGGAGUAUGAUCUCGAUGACACGGAGGAUCUUCUGAGAAAGGCUAGGAAAACUUCGGAGGCGGCUGCUGCUGUCGCACAGGAAGCUCGCGACGACUACGAAAGGCACAUCGCGGAGAGCGGCGAGGAACACGUGUCACACGAUACUGAAAUGAAGCGAUGUGCCGAGCUCUUCGCCGCCGCUGCACUUCUUAAUUUGUCGUCGUUACCCGCCGCGCAAAUUUCUCUCGCCCGACAUGGGAUUUACAGGCUGCUGAAGACGAACGCAUCUGGGAUGGUGAACCGGCGUCACGUGGCGAUCGGUGAAGGAGUGGUGAAAGGGGGAGAUUUGAUCGCUGGAACGAUCCAGAACAUCGCUUCGAACGCGGAGAACCGCACGAUAUUCUACAAGCUUGAGCUCCGCGCGAAGGCUUUGGAGCGAGUGUUGCACAAUAAAAAAGAGGUGCGGCAUCUGAACCGUCAUAUUGAAGUCGCAGGACGCAUCGUCGGUGAAUCGUAUGAAAAGGCAAAAGAUUUGGGAGUGUCAUAUGAAUCCUCCUCUCGGCGGCGUAAGGGUCACGUGCCAGCGAAGGGUGAUGAAACUGCUGUCGUCGAGGAGAUUUCCAGGGAGGACCCCGAGUCCACGCCCGCUUUGAAACUUCCAUCACUGCUCGAGGAUGUGCUCGCGCAAAAGAACGAAAAGAAGGUUGAUAUCGCCUCCUUCGCGAAGAAAGAUGGACUCGGGACGUUUGAGGUCAACACAUCCGCGACACAAGCUUCUGCCGAGAGUUUUCUGGCCCAAGACGCGGAAACCGUGGAAAAGAAGAGUCAGUUUGCAGAAGACGAUUGGCUUUCGAGCAUCGCGAACGCCGACGACGAUACAUUCGCAGAAGGUCUAGCACUUCUAACGCAUUCCAUGCGUCAGCCGCUGUGGAAUCUGUGGGCUCGUCCCGAGGAGAGACGCGAUGACUUGGUAUCCGAUCCUGAGAUGUACGGUGCGAGUGCAUUGACCCGCGUCCACCUCGUGCCCUUGCAGAGAGGAACCCCCGAGGGUGAACAAAGGUGGCGCCCACCCAUUCGCAAGUACGUGCAAACGAGACGUCAACCCGCUAGACAGAAUGGGGACCUCACAUCCGACAUGAAUAAGAUGAGCCUAUCCGGGACGCUUCCCCCCGUGGGUCAAGAUGGAGAGGCAUACAUCGCGGAGACGACGACGCGGCUUUUAUCGACCACCCGACCCGGAAGCGUGCAAGAACGACUCCGUGCCAAGGCUGCGGAAAUAGCCGAGGCCGUGGCUCUCGGCGGGCCUGAAUCUUGCGGUGGUAUCGGUAGCGAGGACGGUCUCAAAGGUAGCAGCAAGGCUCCGAACGCUCUUCCCGUGAUGGAGAUCGUGCCCGAUGACGUCGAAGACGGGCUUGAGAUCGAGCAUGACACGGCUGAUGGGGCGGGCGAGUACGGCCCUCUCAAGGUCGUCCUCGACCCCGCGGGAUCCCGAAAUUGCGUCAACUUCGUGAGCGGCUUCGACAAGGCACCAGACCCGGCGAAGCGCAACGCGAAGCUCGUCAUGUUCGAACACGUCAGCGGUGCCAAGGUGUACGAGGAGCUCUUCCCCGUGUACUCGCUUCCGAACGGCAAGAAAGCGUUUUAUUAUCACACCGGCAACAACUUGGUGCCAGAAGUUCCCAUCCGACCGGACGAACUUCCCUACCGACCUGGCACGCUCGAACUGACGUACGAGUUAAGAUUGCCGCAGACCGACAUGCUUCACGAAGUGGCUAGACCGAACCCGAACCUCGGAGACGACAAGCCCUACAAGCCGGUUCCGCGGCUGUGUCCUCUCCCGGAUCGGCACUUUUUGGAAGUGAACGAACCCGAGUCGCUCGACGAAGAAUCGUUCGGCAACCUCGUCAUUCCUCCGUUGGAAUUCAAAAUCGUCGAGGAUGUCAUAUACAAGACGACAGAGGAAUCGUUCACGGUCGCAGCGAAGUGGGUCGAGCCGUGGUCCAUAGAAAACUCGGUGUUCGCUCCGAGGAAGAAGUUCUCUGACGCGCGUGACUUUUUCGACAGAACGCCGCUUUUUGACAAGAUGUUCGACCGAGACUGGCACCACGCGCUGAAAAAGAAGCAAUUUGUGAGGUUCCUUACGAAGAGUGGUGGCGAUGAUGAGUCGCCUGAUGAUAAGCUGAAACUCAUCUGCUCGGCGCUUAAGAACUAUUACUUUGAAACCGAAAAGCUGUACCGGUAUUACGGCGUCACCGGCACGGGCGACUCCAUGACCAUGCAACUGAACGAGUGGAUCAUGUGCGCCACGGACUGCCAGCUCCCCGAUCCGGAAUCAAAGCUUUGCACGAGCUCUCAUCUCGGGACGAUGUUCAAAGUCGUGAACUUCGAACAGGAAUCGGAGGGCAAGGAGAUGGAAAUGAUCGCUAAAUUGAACCAAGACAACGCGUUGACGCGCUUUGAGUUCAUCGAAAUUUUGUGCCGCGUCGCGGAUGCGAAAUACGUGCAAGUAGGCACGUGCGCGAGUUUGGCAGAAGCGAUCAGCGUCAUGUACGAAAUGUGCAUCAUGCCUAAUCUCAAUCCCGAGGUUCAGAUGGGAACUUACGACUUUCGCGUCAACCGACUUUAUACUGAAGCAGUGGAUGAUGUCUUCCGUAGUGUGUUCACAGACGAGGAAAAGUUUGGCGAAGGUAACUUUCGAACGUACAAGUCUGGCACGACGUACGCCGUGCUCGAGGCGCUAUAUUACGCGUACUGCAUGCCAGUGGGCGGCACGAAGGCAUCUCAGCGGAAGUUGAUGCAGAUGGAUCAAUUCAUCGAGGUACUGUUCCCGCUGAACUUGAUGAGGGACGAAGAGAGCGAUUUUUCGCUUCGUGAAGCGCAGCUGUGCUUCCUCUACUCGCAGAUGAGGGUUAUUCGGCAGUUCGUCGACGCGGAGAAGUACGAGUCGCUCACCUUUGUGGACUUUUUGGAAGCUCUUGCUCGGGUCUCGGAGUGUAUCCCAAUACCGCCGCUAGCGGACAUCAAAUCGAGAGGAUACAAAUCGGCGCUCGAUUGGUUAUCGAAGACGUCGCAAGUCGAUGCUCGAAACGAUGCAAACACGGAAAAGCUGACAUUGUUGUCGCGACCGUCGCGAGAGUUCACGGCAAAGAAGACGAGGCCGCUAAACCAAAAGCUCGCGGAAUUCCUGGAUUUUCUGUUCCGAUGCGUCGCGGUGAGGGUUUGUAAGAUCGAAGAAGAUGAAUACACGGAGGCUAAGUGCGUGAAAUUAUUCAAGUCGCUUCGUGCAGCGAGGGAGCACGGCGGCCAGGCGCGAGGGUGAAAUUCGAGGCCUAGACUAGAAAACGGCAAUGUGGCGCCGAUCCUGAAAAGAUAAAUAAAUCCCCUUUU